CGUGAGCCGCCGCUGAUACUCGCUGUUCCCGUCGACCUCUCGCCGGCUCCCCGUCUCUCUCUCUCUCUCUCUCUCUCUCUCUCGCUCUCUCUCCAUCUCUCUUCUUUAUUUCUCCGUGCGCUCGGCCCGAUGUCUCUCGGGGUCGUGGAUUCGGACGUGAAGCGCCCCCUGGACGGGGAGCACCAGGUGAGGGGCGAGGCCCAGAGAGCGCCCCCCCUGCGGAAUUACCUGGCCCUCACCAUCUUCACCUGCUUCUGCCCAGCCUAUCCCAUCAACAUCGUGGCCCUGGUCUUCUCCGUCCUGUCACAGAGCAGCUACGACGAGGGUGACUACGAGGGCUCCCGGCGCCUAGGCCGCAAGGCCCUCCACUUGGCCCUCGCCUCCGUUGUCAUCGGCAUCCUGGUCAUAGCCAUCUACUGCAUCGUCCACUUCACCACGCAUGCAAUCUGAUCCUUGAGACUCAAAGAAGCAAAUGAACAAAACGGCACCGAGAGAAGAGUGCUGAUCUCUCUCUGGGCUCCUGGACCAGAGAGACCGGUCUGCCGUCCCACAGAAGACACGCCCGCAGAUUGACGUUCACCGCUUCAUUUAUUUUGUGUCCAUGUCACACCGCCAGUGCAGCCUCAUUGCAUCUCGAGGCCUCCCUUUUUCACAUCUCUCCGGAGGAAAUACACAUUCAGUGCUGCUAAAAGUCCUGGAAAUAAAUGCAGAGAAUUUCUUAGUAAGUCUAGCAUGCCAGGUGAGUUGAUCUAAGAGUUGCUGUCUAUUAUGAGUCCACCAAACAAAGUACUGACCAAAGAGGCAAGCGAAAUGUAGUUUUGGCAUUUUUCAUGAUGCAGUUACUAUAAUUCUAACUCAGGAGUUGAAAAGGAUGGGAUAGUCGAUGUAUUAAUCAGCGUUUUAUUGACAUAUUAUAAGCAUGUUCAUAAUCAACCAUGACAAGUAUAUGUGUGCAAGUGAAACGUACGAGUCACACAUUUCUUGUACUGUACUGCAUGUUUGAGAUGCAGAAAUUCAUAACAUGUGUGCUGUUCCUCCUGAACUUGUGCACUUGUGUCUGCGGGUAGUUCUGUGCAAGGAAGUGGGGGGGCCAGGUUUAAAGAGGGCAUCAGCAGAGACCCUCCUAUCUUUACCACCAUUGUCACCCCUAAACCACCAGUCAUAAAGCUUAUGUUUUCUACACACAACUUACUGUGGUCUGCUAAAGAAAAAUGAUGUCAUUUUCUCCUCCAUUCAAAUGCUUUCUUUUUUUUAUUGUGUAUAUGCAGCAUUCAGGUAUGUAUGUUGGCACCGUAGGCUGAGACAAACCAUUAUUUAUAUACUUUUUAGUAACUUUUUUCAGUACCAGUCAAAAGUGUGGGUCCACCUGCUGGAGACUUUCUUUGAGAUCACAAAGAUUUUGGUUGACAAGUUUGAUCAGGAAGCGAGCUGCCAUGUCUUACCAGCUCUUCCCAGAGAUGUAGGACACCUCUGGGUUGCUUUGAAAAUGAAAUUCACUCUUCUGUCCACUUUGUCCCAUACAAAUGGGGCCCAGUUUGCCCACAUGUACUCAUACCUUCCUCUGGUACCUCAUGUCUAAGAAUCGCAUGCUUAGUUUCUCCUAGAAUUCCAGUGCCUUGACCGCUAUGCCACCUGCUGCCACAAUGCCAUUGAUAUACCCUUCAGUAGACAUAACUUUGUGAGGCAUAGAGAAAUUGCUGAGCUGAAUUUGCCGAAACUGCAGUUUAGGGACUGAACGUCAGAGUGCCGUUACAUGUAAAUGAAGUUCAGUCACGCUGGUUUUAUAAUACCUAAUCUUGUAUUGCGUACCCUUUCUUUUUGCUGCUUGAAAUGUACAGUAGUCCUUAAGGAGUGGGUAGCAUGAAUAAAAUGAUGGUGCAUAAUGCCUUUUGUCAACUGCAAGUAAAAAAAGAUUCACUUUGAAUAUUUGAAAGCUCCUGCUUCUCAAGUUAAAGUUGGCAAGGUUUUAUCGUUCAGAAAUCUGACUGUUUCGAUAAGAAACAGACGGUGGUUUCCUGUGUUAUUGCAGCAGACUGUCAGUCUAUAUCAGAGUAAUUUAUAUUUUUUUUUUUUUUUUUGCAAAAAACACAUACUGCCUCUCUGAGAGUAAGUAUUUAUUGAUUUUUUUGUACAUUUGAUGUAAUUUUUCCCCCCAUGUACUUGUACAUUUUCUUUAUUUUCUGUGUUUUUUCAAUUAAUUGUUAUGCUUCCCUCUCUUGGCGUAUUUUAAGAUGCUACUGAUUCAGUGACAAUUAAUAUAUUAAAAUGAUUCAUUAAGAUGAAAAAUAACGAAUCUGAUGGACAUGUACAGAUGUUUUAAUAAAGAGC